UGGUGGGAAGGCUCUUGAGAAACCUUUCAUUAAAGAAUUAGAAUUUUCAUUAUUUACAAACUAUUUAUAGUUUCUUUCGAUCUCCAUUUGAGGGACUGAAGUUCAGUCACUGAACUAAGCGUAAGAAUAGAAGAGUUUUGAGAAACGUGUUUGCUCUUGUUCUGUGGGUUUCUCUUUGAAAUCAUAAAAAGUUCCUGCACAUAAAUAAAUAAAAAUGAUGGCGCCACUGGUAUUGACGUAGAGGUUAUGUUUUAAUACAAUGGGAUACAACCAAAAAAUCGCCCUGCUCUUGAUCAACCCUUUAUCAACUUGAUUCAGUUUUCAUCGCCAUGGGCAAAAAUGUCCUGGCACCAAUGGUUCGAAUUGGGACCCUACCAAUGCGCCUGUUGGCUUUAGACUAUGGGGCAGAUAUUGUAUAUUGUGAAGAGUUAAUUGACUGGAAGCUACUGAGAUCAGUGAGAAAAGAAAAUGUUGUACUGGGAACUAUAGAUUACAUCGACAAAACAGAUGGUACUGUUGUGUUUCGAACAACUUCAAGAGAAAAAGAUAAAGUAGUAUUUCAACUAGGAACUUGCAGUGCUGAAAGAGCAGUUAAAGUUGCACAAAUGCUAGAGAAAGAUGUAGCAGCCAUAGAUGUGAAUAUGGGUUGUCCCAAAAAGUUUUCUGUUGAUGGGGGAAUGGGAGCAGCUCUUCUCUCAAAACCAGAAAAGGCUUUUGAAAUUCUUAGUUCGCUGGUCAAAGCAGUGAAUGUUCCUGUAACCUGUAAGAUACGAGUUUUACCUUCUUUAGACGAGACUGUUGAACUUUGCAAAAUCCUAGAAAGCAGUGGUAUAAUGGCUAUUGCUGUUCACGGUCGCACCAAAGAGGAAAGGCAGCAACAUGCAAAUAGAAAUGAUGUCAUACAAGCUGUUGCCAAAAACUUGAAAAUACCUGUUAUUGCCAACGGAGGUUCUAAAGAAAUUGAAAGCUAUGAGGAUAUUGCUAAGUUCAGAGAAAACACAGGCUGUUCAUGUAUAAUGCUGGCACGGGCUGCUGAAUGGAACUGUUCUAUAUUUCGUGCAGAGGGAAAACUACCACUGGAUGAAGUCAUUAAAUCUUAUCUCAAGUAUGCUGUUGACUUCGAUAAUGCUCCUGCCAAUACAAAAUAUUGUAUUCAAAAUAUGCUUAGAGAAUUGCAAGAAACUCCUCGAGGGAAGAAAUUUCUUGAAGCCCAAACUUUGGAGCAAAUGUGCUCUCUGUGGGAUAUGGGAGAAUACUGUCGUCAGAAGCAGCAAGAAUAUAGAAAACUGGGAUUGCUUACUCGUCGAGAUGUUGUUCCUGGUUCUUUAGAACCCAUUCUUAAAAGACAUAAAGUGGAAGAAGAAAAUGGUGAAGUAUUUGAGCUUCAGUGCGCCUUUUUUCGGAGUGUUUAUUUGUCUGAUGUUGACCUCCCAAAGACAAGGUUACUUGUCCACGCAAAGAGAAAUGGUUUAGGGCAACCGCAGUAUCAAACUCAACAAGAAGAUAAACUCUUCAAGUCUGUGGUGACUGUCAACAAAAAGAAAUAUAGUUCUUCAUGUUGGGAGAAAAAUAAGCGAUGGGCUGAGCAAGGUGCUGCAUUGGUUUGUCUCUGUGCAUUGGGUAUUGUGAGCAAAGAGGACUUGUUAAAAAAUGGAAGCCUGUGCUAGCAGUGUUUCAACUUGAGAGUGGUCUUAUUGUAAUGAGCAAAAUGAUUGUUUUGCUAUGCGACUUCAGAACUACAUUCUGAGACUUUAUUUGUGUGCAUAUACUGUUAAAAAAUGGAAAUAAGGUCUCAAUUUAUCUUUGAAUUCAAGAUAAACCGCCUCAUCUGCUUUGAAGUUCAUUGAAUAUCAGUGUUCACAGGAAGUGGCAUAUCGGAUGCUAUCAAUUUUCUUUCAAUGAUUAUAUUUCCAGAGAGGACUCGCAGAUGUACCUUACCAGUUGCGUUAGUGUUCUUGCUCUCGGGUGAUUUGUGUAUAAAAGUUUCUCUGAUCCUAUAGAUGCCAAUUCUUCAGAAUGUGUGAAUUCGAGGCAUGAUGCAAAUUAUAAUUUUAACAACAAAUGUGGUCUUUGUUUUUAAUGAGAGAUGUUGUCUUCAUCGUGAUGAAGCUGGUUCAUCAACAUCUGUUGCUUCUGAAUAUGAGAAGAGAAAAACUCUGUAACUACUGCAAGUUUGGGAUAGCAUUAUGGUUUAUUAUUAAUAUUUCCAAGCAUAUAGAUUUGUUUGGAUAUUUUAUUGCAUAUUAAUUUUUAGGAAUUGUCUUUGCAGGAAAGGAAUGUGAAAAGUUUAUCUUCAGUACAAAAAUUCCUAAGAUACUGACAAAAAUAUCACAGAAUCUCGCAGACCCCAUUAUACCACAGUCAUCUUAAACAUUUAUUGUACCAGUUAGGGUUUAAUUCCAUCCAGUCAGUCCCAAACUUCACAUCAUUUCAAAAGUUAGGUAAAGACCACUUACUGUCAAAACAAUUAUGUAAAUGUGUGUGGUAAUUCACAGAAUAUUGGUUUAGAUUAUUGCAUUAUAAUUUAGCACAUCCUUGUACUAUUGAUGUUGAUGAUGAUUCACACCAUGCACAUGAACGGCAUAGUGGAUUAAAGCCUCCAAUAGUGGUUGGUGGUUAGAUACAAUUUCUUUUAAAUUUGGUUUGUCACUGCUACUGUAUACGAGUAUUAUUUGGAAGUAAAUUGACAACGAAAGAUUAACUUAGUAACCAAAAGCUUAGAUGUUCAACACUACUACAGGAUUGUAGUUACAGGUACAAUAAAUUUGCUAAUGGUAGACAAAAUAUGUGAGUUAGAUACUACAAAAAUAAUUAAUACGAGAUGACCAACAAUCAGGAAAUGUAUG